UUAUAUGUUUAUGACAAUAUGGCGGAAGGAGAGGAGCCGGAGAAGAAAAGAAGGAGAAUAGAGGAGCUGAAUAAGAACAUGGUUGUGGAUGGAGGGAAUGGGGAUUGCAAUGACUGGCAGGGAAGAUGGGACCAUGUCAAAAAGUUCUUGGAGAGAGCUGGACCGUUCACUCAUCCAGAUUUUGAACCCAGCACUGAGUCUCUCCAGUUUUUACUGGACACAUGCAAAAUUCUGGUUAUUGGAGCUGGUGGACUCGGAUGUGAACUGCUGAAAGAUCUGGCCUUGUCAGGUUUUCGACACAUUCAUGUGGUGGACAUGGACACUAUUGAUGUUUCCAACCUCAACAGACAGUUCCUCUUCAGACCUAAAGAUGUGGGGCGACCAAAGGCAGAGGUUGCAGCAGACUUCAUAAAUGGCAGAAUAGCAGGAUGCAAUGUUGUUCCACAUUUCAAGAAAAUCCAGGACUUGGAUGAGACAUUUUACAGGCAAUUUCAUAUAGUAGUGUGUGGCCUGGACUCUGUUGUUGCCAGAAGAUGGAUGAAUGGCAUGCUGCUGUCCCUGCUGAUCUAUGAAGAUGGUGUGCUGGAACCCAGUUCCAUUAUUCCUCUUAUAGACGGAGGCACAGAGGGCUUCAAGGGCAAUGCUCGUGUCAUUCUUCCUGGCAUGACAGCUUGCAUCGACUGCACCCUGGAGCUCUACCCCCCACAGAUAAAUUUCCCAAUGUGUACUAUCGCCUCUAUGCCAAGGUUACCUGAACAUUGUGUUGAAUACGUCCGCAUGCUACUUUGGCCCAAAGACAAGCCCUUUGGAGAUGAUGUUGCCCUAGAUGGGGAUGACCCUAAGCACAUCCAUUGGGUGUACCAGAAAUCUCUAGCGAGAGCAGCAGAGUUCAACAUCACAGGGGUGACUUACAGACUCACCCAGGGAGUUGUGAAGAGAAUAAUUCCUGCUGUUGCUUCUACAAAUGCUGUUAUUGCUGCUGCUUGUGCCACAGAGGUUUUCAAAAUUGCCUCUAGUGCCUACAUCCCCUUAAACAACUACCUGGUGUUCAAUGAUGUCGAUGGACUGUACACGUACACCUUUGAGGCUGAGAGAAAGGAGAACUGUUCUGCCUGCAGUCAGGUGCCACAGGACCUGCCAUUCCUACCCUCGGCUAAACUACAAGAGGUUCUGGACUACUUGACUGAGAGUGCUUCUCUCCAAAUGAAGUCACCUGCCAUCACUACAACUAUGGAUGGAAAAAACAAAACUCUAUACUUACAGACUGUAGAGUCUAUUGAAGAGAGAACGCGUCCCAAUCUAAGCAAAACACUGAAAGAACUUGGACUAGUGAAUGGCCAAGAGCUGGCAGUGGCUGAUAUCACAACUCCUCAGACACUGCUCUUCAAACUCAUCUUUAUCUCAUAGAACAAAUGCUUCAUUCUCAUGGACAGUUUUAAGCAGUUAUUGCAGUUGUCAUCAAAAUGAAGCAGCCUUGGAAAUGUAGUCUGUAAAUACCAUCAUUACUGACAUCACAUGUUCAUGCUCAUAUGUAAUAUUUGUGGUUGGCAUUUAAUAUGUAGUUUUUGGUCAGUUUUAUCCAUCCAUGAAUUACACUUAGAGGGGGCUGCUGUUUCAUUGUUUUGCACUGCUAUGGUCUUCACAGGAGGCAUUUUGUUGGAUUUGAUUUCCUUUUAUAAGCAAACUGUUUAUGUAUUUAUUUUGUUAUUGUUCUGCAUUAAUACUAUUUGACUGUCUUGUUCAUUGUCUUGUAGAAAAAAAAUUGUUCAUGUUUGAAUUAAAAGGGGAUACCUUAUUUUAAACAAG